AUGAAAAAAGAAAAUAAAAUUAUUACAUCAAAGUAUAAUAAAUAUACUUUCUUCUUUGUUAACAUGUACCAUCAACUAAGCAAGCCCAGCAAUCUUUUCUUUCUAUUAACUAUGAUAUUGCUUACUAUCCCAACAAUAUCUCCAUUUAACCCUUACACUUAUUUACUGGCCUUUGCCUUGGUAACAGGUACAUCUAUGAUAAAAGACGGUAUAGAAGAUUUUAAAAGACACAAAGAAGAUAAAAAAGUAAAUACAAAACCUGUAACCGUCGCUUAUAUAGAAAACAAUACAAUAAUUAAUAAAGAUAUUUAUGUUGAAGAUUUAAAAAAAGGCGAUUUUGUUAUUUUAAAAGGCAAUGAAGAUGUACCGGGCGAUUGUGUACUUUUAAUAAGUAAAAUUAAAGGUAAAUGUAAGGAAUAUUGUUUUAUAGAUUCGAGUAAUCUUGACGGUGAAUCAAAUCUAAAGAAAAAGACAUCAUUUAUAACAAAUAUUUGUAAAGAAAAAACAGCAGCGAGUACAAGCGAGAACAUUUUACACGAAUUUUGUGAAUGCGAUCGCGAUUUUAUAAAAAAUGUAACAGAUUCACAAAUUAAAGAUACAGGAGAUGUUUUUAACAAAUUUGAAUGUACACUGACUUUUUAUGGACGUCACGAGUUAUGUAAUGAACGAAACGUUUUACUUCGUGGUAUGAAAGUCAAAAACGUUGAUAGUGUUCUUGUAUACACUGUAGCUGUCGGUGCGCAAACGAAAUUAGGAAAAAGUAAUGUUAAGAGUAGAAAAGGAACAUCUCUUUUUGAGAUGGAACUUACAAAAGUGGUAAUGUUGAUAUUUGCUAUAUAUUUCUCACUUUUAGUAUCGACUGCGAUAUUGGGAUCUUUAUUUUUAAGAAAAACUAAUAUAACUUAUUUAUAUCUUGGAGAGUUCCUAACGGCUGAUGCACUUAAAUUGACAGGUACAAAUUAUAUAAUGUUUAGUUAUUUGAUACCAUUAUCUUUAUUUGUUACAUUAGAGGUUUCUAGAAUGUUUCAUUCAGCUUACAUUUCAAAUGAUGAGAAAAUGAUAAAAGAUAAUGUUCAUUCUGUGUGUAGAAAUUCUAAUGUGACAGAAGACUUAGGGAUGAUAGAAUACAUUUUAAGUGAUAAAACAGGAACCCUAACAAAAAAUAAAAUGGUAUUUAAAAAAAUACAUAUUCUUGGGAAUCAGAGCCUGUUAGAAAUUAACGCAUUACAGUCUAAUUUUUACAAUGUAGAAGAAUUUUCUUCUUUUUUAAGUUCUAACAACUUCAGUCUUGCACUCCAAAAAAUAUUUUUAGUGUUAGUAUUAACAUGUUGUAAUAGUGUUGAACCACUAAACGGUAAAUUAGAAGGAAUAUCGCAAGAUGAGAUUUCUAUUCUGGAAAAGUUGAGGGAAAUUAAUGUUGAACUUUUGCGACGAGAAGAUACUUAUGUAUUAAUUAAAAUUAGUAAAAUUACUAUUAGAUGUGAUAUAAAGUAUACACUAGAUUUUAGUUCAUCCAGACAAAGAAUGUCUGUUGUUAUAUUACUUUUUAAUAAAUAUUACGUUUUAUCUAAAGGAUCAGACCAAAUGAUGUUAGAUAGAAAAAAAAUAAAAUGUAAGACAUCGUCUAUUGAUGAUGUAACAUCUAUUAUUAAUACAAAUUCGAGUUAUAGAACACUAGUUACUGCCUAUCGCGAACUGGCCAAAGAUGAAUUUGAUAAAUUUGUAAAAGAUUAUAAUUCAGUAGAUUUAAUUAAUCGUGAAGAAAAAGAGGAAAAGAUUUUUGAGAGGAUUGAACAAGAUAUGAAUUAUCUUGGUACUACUUUUAUAGAAGAUGAAUUACAAGAAGAAGUAAAAGAGACAAUUGAUAUGUUAAAAAAGGCCGGCAUUAAAAUAUGGAUGAUUACAGGUGAUAAAAAAGAGACUGCCAUUAGUUGCGCAAUAGAUUGCGGUCUUAUGAAAAAUAUGAAUGAUAACGAAGUGAUAGCAAUUGAAGGUACUAGAUUUAAUCAAGAAGUUUCUUCCAUUGACAUUUUAUCUUAUAAAUCUGUUAUUUUAUAUAGAUCUACGCCUAAACAAAAAAGCGAGAUAGCUGAAAAAUUUCGAGAAUAUAAAAAAAAUACACUAGCCAUUGGUGAUGGUAACAACGAUGUAGCAAUGUUGCUUACAGCAAAUGUGGGUGUAGGAAUAUUAGGCAAAGAAGGUAAUCAGGCAGGUAUAUCUGCAGAUUUUGCAAUCCCAGAUUUUAGAAGCCUUAAAUUUUUAAUAUUUUUACACGGAAGAUACAACUUUAUAAGAUUUUCUAAGGUGACCUUAAAUGCUUUGUACAAAAAUAUUUAUUUAAUAAUUAUUCAAUAUUUAUAUAACUUUUUUACUGGAUUUUCAGGAAAACCGGUCUACAAUAAUUAUUUUCUAAAUUAUUAUAACGUUUUCUUUACAUCUUUAAUUCCAGCUUCAAUCUGCUGCUUUGAUAAGGAUCUCCCCGAGGCUUAUUUACUUCAACACCCUGAGGAAUACAUGUCUACCAAGGCUUUUUUCUGUAAAUCAGUAAUCAUUCUAGGAAUAAUUUAUGGAAUUCUACAAGGUCUUAUAGUUUUUAUAUUAUUAUUUGGGGUUGUGUUUGUUAAAGAUUUAAUGAAUCCUUAUGGUAGAGUAGGAGGAUACAAUGGAUUGAACAAUCUAGUAUCAUUAAUUGUAUUCUUUUCUGUUUUUCUAGGACAAGUAAGACUUAUUUCUUACUACACUAUUUAUUCAUACAUAGCUAUUUUUUUAAGUCUUUUUCUAUUUUUUAUAACACUGUAUUUAAUACAAGACACAUCACUAGGAGGAAACAUGUGGAUAUUGAUGAGUAUACCCUCCGCAUAUUUUACAUUCCUAUUUAUUAUUUUAUUUUCUUAUAUGGCUGAACUAUGUUUAAGUAAAAUAUUUUAUAGAAUUGUAAGUACUAAAAAUGUAGAAUAA